CCGCCGCCGCCAUGAGAGGGUGGGUCGGAGCGCUGCGGGCGGCGGCGGUUGGGCCCGGGUCGGUGCCCGGCGCAUUCCGGCAGCGCUUCGAUUUCGGCGGCCGCGAUGUCGCCUCCUGGUUCCCGGGGCACAUGGCGAAAGGCUUGCGGCAGAUGCGGGCCUCCCUGCGGCGCGCCGACUGCCUCAUCGAGGUGCACGACGCUCGCAUAUCCUCUGGCACGGCUCUUCAUUCCUCCCUGGGGCAGCAGGAGCCGACACCCUGCCACCUACACCGGGUCCCCCCUCCCCAGUUGCUUCGUUUCCCUCCAGGCCGACCCUUCUCCCGGUCCCGUACCCCUCUCCAGCUCUGCACCAGCCCCAUAAACUCCCACCGUCCUCCCCCCCGAUACCUGCUCCCACGCCAGUGCACAAUCAUUCUCCUUAGCAGCGCUCACAUCCCACUGUCGGGCCGUAACCCCAUGCUGCGAGAGGUGCUGGGCAUCCGCCCGCAUGUCCUGGUGCUGAACAAGAGGGACCUGGCUGAUCCCCAGCGGAAGCCGACGGUCUUGGAGUACCUGAAGCAGCAGGGAUGCUCACACGUUGUCUUCACUGACUGCCAGCGCGAUGACAAUGUCAAGAAGAUUGUUCCCUUGGUUGCCAAGCUGGUGGACAACAGCCCACGCUACCACAGGGCUGAGAGCACCGAGUACAGCAUCCUGGUGAUCGGAGUGCCCAACGUGGGCAAGUCCUCGCUCAUCAACUCCCUGCGGAGGCUGCACCUGAAAAAGGGGAAAGCCACCGCGGUUGGUGGCGAGCCAGGUGUCACCAAGGCGGUGCUGACCAGAAUACAGGUCUGUGAGAAGCCCCUGAUGUACCUGGUGGACACUCCUGGUGUGCUGCCCCCCAAGCUGGAGGACGUGGAGACGGGCGUGAAGCUGGCGCUCUGUGGAGCCAUCCGUGACCACCUGGUAGGGGAGGACAUCAUGGCUGACUACCUCCUGUACACCCUGAACAAGCAGCAGCAGUUUGGGUACGUGCAGCGGUACGGGUUGGCCGAGGCCUGUGAUGCCAUCGAACCAGUGCUGAGGCGCGUGGCCCUCACCCGGGGCAGAACACAGAAGGUGAAGGUGCUGACGGGCACGGGGAAUGUCAAUGUGACAACGCUCGACUACUCAGCUGCAGCCUAUGAGUUCCUGCGGGAUUUCCGUGCAGGAUGCCUGGGCAGGGUGACACUGGACUGAGACCUGUCCCAUGGGGAAGAGGCGCACCCACCUGCAGCUGCACAGGCUGGGGACGCCCCAACAGGGAGCGAUCUGUGUCUGUCAUGUGGUAUCACCAUGCAGGGCAACGUGGGGGGAAGAUGGAGAGAAUGCUCUCUGGGACCACCAUCCCCAAAUAAAACCCCCAUGCGCAGGGUGCUGGGGCACUGGCCA